GAAUUGGCCAAGACACUAGGACUCCACAGAAAUACUCUGCGACUUUAUAUGAAAGCCCAUGGAAUCAUACAAAGGUACUCUGAACUCACCAAUGCCGACCUCGAUAUCCUUGUUGGCGAGUUCAAAAAAAAGCGACCGGACUCCGGCAUCAGAUAUAUAAUUGGUUUUCUUCGCAGAUAUGGACUCCGAGUACAACAUCGA